CAUCGAAUGAAACGAGCUCCCCGCAAUGAUUCGAGUGUCUCUCGCUUCCAUGACGCGCUGCGCCACGGCCAAGUGGACGUCGUACGUCGUAUGAUCUAUCGAGACUCUUCUCUCGCCAAUGCGCGCUCCAGUUCGAGCCCACACGCGACAUCUCUCAUGAUCUCUGCUUCCAGUAGUCAGCCCCUAAAAACCACAUUAACGCUGGUAAAGCUUCUUCUAGCCAAAGGAGCUUCAUUGCGCACCAAGGAUGAUCAUCGCUGCAACGUCCUCAUGGCUGCUUGCACCUCCGGAGCACAUCCAAAUGUCGUUAAGUGUCUUUUAGACUGGGACGACGCCGAAUCGAAGCGUAGAGUUUUAUCAUGGAGUAAUAAGGACGAUGAAGGACGAACGUCAUUGGGACUCGCGUGUUUAAACGGCCACGGGCGACUGGCGUCCUUUAUAUUGGACCUUACGAAGGAUGAAGAGGCUCAAAACCCCUUGUACGCACUCGAUAUGGCACUUAGGAGCGAGGACGAGCGCUGUGUGAUGGAGCUACUACGCAAUAAUAAGCUGCGAUGGCUAGUAAAGUAUGACAGAAGAGAGGAGAAGCUGAUAUCACAUGGAGAGUGGAAUCAGACCCAGAAUCAGACGACGAACAGCUACGAGGAAGAGGUUACAGUGGCUACUUGUGUAGCCAAAGCCGUCAAGCUCAACAUGGUGCGUGUAGUGAAGGAACUUCAUCGACUGAAUCGACUCUGCGUUGGCCAUGCUACUUGGUUUGCCCUGUGCAGCAAAUGCGAGGUACAUCCUAGAGCUAAGACCUCGAUUGUGCGGUUACCUGGUACCGUAAGACCGGAAUUUGAGGAGAUUGCAGCUCUGCAUCGUCGAGAUUGCGUGUGGCAACGUAUUAAAAUUGUAUUCCUGAUUCGCUACGCGUCUGAGCUGGAUCAAGGGAAUGUAUUGAUGGAGCUGAAUAUUGUGGCAGAGCUGCCAGAUGCGGUGUUUCGUAUUGUGGCUGAGUUCUUAAAGCCGAAGUUUAAUGAUGCGGACGAAGCUCAGAAGGAAAGAUUUAAGGCUGUACUCGAUCUCUCAUCGUGGUAGACUCGUGGUAUAUGUGAUUGAAAUCAUAGAACGUCAAAAUAUCUCGAUUUGGAUGUUUUAGAGGUGAUCAGAUAGUAUUAAGAAACUUAUUAAAAAUAAUAUUUUUAAUACUGAAAUUAUGUGUUGAC